AUGUAUGAGAACGCAUCAAGCUAUUUAGAAAUACAAAUGACGAAAAUAAGACCCCCAUGCUUCACAGUGGCGGAAUAUUUCGACGAAGGAAGGAUCUGGCAAUUUCUGAUUGGCUUCGACGAGCAUUCUGAUGUAAACGCGGCAAUGACAAUACGUCAACAGCCUUCGAUGUCCACCUCUACGGGGCAGAACAUACAAAUAUCCUGCACCAUAUCGGGCUCCAGUUCAGGCGGUGACUAUGUCCAGUGGUACCAACAGAUCCCUGGCAAAACUCCAAAGUAUUUAAUGUACUAUUAUUCCGGCAGCAUUGAUAAAGGCACGGACAUUCCAGACCGUUUCUCCGUCUCAAUGUCAGGCAACACUGCAACAUUCGCAAUAUCUAACGUUCAAGCGGAUGAUGCUGCGGACUAUUACUGUGCAAAAUGGGAUAGUGGUUUACAUUUCGGUAAAGGAACGAGGCUGGGUAUUGGUGAUCCUCGGGCACCGAUCGUGACUGUUCUCCCGCCUUCCGCUGACGAAGUUACCUCAAAGGGCACCGCCACACUGGUGUGUUUGGUGAACGGCUUUAAUCCGGGCUCGGUGGCCGUUGAGUGGACAGUCGACGGCAGUGCAAAAAAUAGCGGCGUUCAGACCAGCCCGAUCCAGCAGGAUAAGGACAACACGUUCAGUCUCAGCAGUUACCUGACUCUGACAGCCUCAGACUGGAAUUUACACGAGCUUUACUCCUGUGUGGUUAAACACCAGAGUCUGGCAAACCCACUUAAGACAAAUAUCGUGAGAUCCAGCUGUAUCUGA